AUGACAUUCAACGAAUUAAAGAAAGCAAUGAAGGUCAUCCACGACAUCUUUGAGAAGAAGCGCUCAGGCAAUGAUGGAGCUACGAAUGACUAUGACUUUGCGGACCAUUUACUUGAGCAAAUAAAGAAAGAAGGCACUUUUUUGAAUGAGGAAAUUGCGAGGGACCUGGUAUUUUUGUUUCUAUUUGCUGCCCAUGAAACGACUUCAACUGCUUUGACUGUGGCCUUGAGGUAUCUAGAUGGCCAUCCACGUGUUAUGGCUGAACUAAAGAGAGAACAUGAAAAUAUUCUUAAAAUGCGAGAAACAGAAGGUUCUAGUAUUUCAUGGAAGGAGUACAAGUCUAUGACUUUCACACACGUGGUUAUAAAUGAAACAGUUAGGCUUGCAAAUAUUGCCCCUGGGAUUUUGCGCAAAGUUGUCAAGGAAGUUGAAGUAAAAGGGUAUACAAUUCCUGCUGGCUGGACGGUAAUGGUUUGUCCAUCAUCUGUUCAUUUGGAUCCUAAUGUAUAUGAAAACCCACAUGAAUUUGACCCAUGGCGAUGGGAGGGCAAAGAAUUACACGCGGGAUCAAAAAAUUUCAUGGCAUUUGCUGGUGGUACGAGGCUUUGCGUUGGUGCUGACUAUGCAAAGGUGCAGAUGUCAAUUUUUCUGCAUUACUUGGUCACAAAAUACACGUAA